ACGAAACGAUCACGAUGCGCGGGGACUCGCGUGUCCACUUGGAGUUCUAACUUUAGAAACGGCCUGUCCAAGUAAUACCCCACCACGUUUGUCUUGCACUUAAAUUUAAUCAGGAAUCGCUAAGGUAUCGCGAACUUAAAUGAGGAGUUAUUUUUAAAUGACAAUAUGUUGCUUUAGCGGAUUAAGGGCAAUCUGUGUCAUUCGCUGUAACGGAAUACUGACGAGCGAAUCGAGAAUGAUUCACUCUGUACGAUUGCUGUCAGGAUAUGACAUGCCGACGGUGGGCCUGGGAACGUGGCAGGCCAAACCAGAAGAAAUCGAAAAUGCUGUAAGCGCUGCUUUAGAAUGUGGCUACAGGCACAUCGAUACAGCAACGAAUUACAACAACGAAGAUGCAAUUGGCAGAGCUCUAAAGAAGUGGUUUGAGAAAGGUGGUGCUAGAGAAGAAAUUUUCAUCACGACCAAGCUACCCCACUUCGGCAAUCGUCCAUCAGACGUAGAAAAGUUCAUUAACCUGUCGUUGGAGAGGCUUGGAUUGGACUACUUAGAUAUGUACCUAAUUCACAUGCCUUUUGCAUUUAAGUUGGACGAAAAAACGCUCACUGCGGCAACCCACGAAGACGGAAGUUACAUACUCGAUUUUGACACGAAUCCCCUUGCAGUGUGGAAGGAAAUGGAGAAGCAAGUUAAAUCAGGACGCGCCAGAUCUAUCGGUUUAAGCAACUUCAACGAAGAGCAAAUUACGGCCAUUUGGGAAAGCGCACAAGUGAAACCAAGCAAUCUGCAGGUGGAGUUGCACGCGUACAUGCAGCAGAAAUCAAUUCGAGAAUUGUGCAAAAAGUACAAUAUCAUUGUGACGGCUUACAGCCCGCUGGGCUCUCCAGCCGCAAAGACGCAUUUCCGAACCAAAUAUAACUACGAUUUAGACACAUUUCCCGAUUUAUUAAAUCAUCCGAUCAUUCUGGAAAUUGCCACGAGGCAUAAAAAGACAACGGCGCAAGUCCUGCUGCGUUAUUUGCUGCAACUGGGAAUCGUAAUCAUUCCGAAGAGUUCAUCGUCGGAAAGAAUUAAAUUGAAUAUCGAUUUGUUCGAUUUUGCCUUAACAGAGGAAGACAUGACACUGUUGAGUGACUUAGACAAAGAUGUUCACGGGAGAAUCUUCAAUUUCUUAUUUUUUAAAGGGGUCCAAGAUCAUCCACAUUAUCCAUUUAAAAGCGAACUUCCAUAAUUGUAAAUUAACACGCGCGUCACACUAGUUUGUAUUGAAAUAGUUU